GACUCUGUUAACCACUACUUGAAGUCUUUUGAGGGGGAAAUCCUCCAGGGAGACAUAGGGGCCUUCUCCCUUCUUUCCACCAAAGUAGGGGGUAGGCAUCUGGUUGUCAUGGAAACGGGGCUCUUCACACAUCCCCUUCCCUUCCACCCCACAUGGCUGGGCAGUGUUAAGGGUGGCAAGAUAGUCUCUGUCCCCACCCCUUUGUACUUGAUGUCCCCAGCUAUCUUUCAUGGCCCCCCCACCCUUAGGGGAAGGGGGAGGGGCUUCUCUACAAUGAGUUUUUUCUUUUUUUUUUUUUUUAAGAAGAAAAAAAUAAUAAACUUAGUUUCUGUAUGAGCAUCCGCGUAAGGAGGCUUCUGAUUUUCUGGUCUGGUGGAGGGUUGGGUGGGAACUUGGGUAUCGUUUUUCUCCUCUCUUGCUAAGACCCUAGUACUUGAUCUCUAACCCAGAAUUGUGUGUCUUUGAGGCAGAAGUCGCCACCCAAGAAGAGGGAAGAAUGGCAAAUCUGAUCUGGUAGGGUACCUUUCCCUAAGGUUUCCGUUUUAAGUCAUUCAGAUUCGUACUUCUCUUCCUUCUGUUCCCUUGGUUCCUGGCCUUCCUUUGGGGCUCUCUGAUGCCUCAGACUUUACCCUGCUUUAAUCCCUCUUGCUCAGGUGCUUUCUCCCCCUCUUCAGAAGGCAGGCACCCUACCUCCAGUUACUCCAUCCUUUGCCUUCCCUUGCUUUUCCUCCAUCUAGCCAGACUGGUUUGAAUCAGCCACACCCCCUUCCAGCUUCUGGGGAUCUUCAGAUGGUGGCUGGCCACCCAGCCCCACCCCUGGGCUUGGCUUGGAGCCCUGAGUCAGCUCCAUCUCCACCCAAGCCAAACCAAACCUGAAGCAGAGGCCGAAACUCAAACAGUUCCUCAAGGUCUAUAGCCAGGUGAUGGAGGACGAGGAGAAUGCAGCAGAGAGCCUGGUGUGCAACACGGAAGCUGCUUGUUCUCCAUCCCCCAUUCGCUGCUGCUGGCUCCGCCUCCGCUGCUUAGCAGCUACUAGCAUUAUAUGUGGCUGCUCUUGCCUGGGAAUAGUGGCCCUUGUGUUUGCCAUCAAGGCGGAAGAGCGGCAUAAGGCAGGCCGGUUGGAGGAGGCAGUGCACUGGGGGGCCCGGGCCCGGAGGUUCAUCCUGGCCAGCUUUGCCGUCUGGCUCACUGUCCUCGUUCUGGGCCCCCUGCUCCUAUGGCUGGUCUCCUACGCCAUCGCACAGGCUGAGUGACCCUGGGUGGCCUUUGCUGAGAGUCAGCCGAGACAUCCUGGAUCCUCCAAUGCAGUAUUGUGAGGGUCUGGUGCCAACAGUGGUUACUUCCUGGCUGGAAGGAUGGUGCCUCUCUCAAAGGGCUUUGGAAGAGCUCUUUAGCCUUUUCUAAAAGGCAGCAGCUGAGACUGAUGAGGGGAGGUCAGCCUGCUCUGUUCUUUCAGUGCCCACCAACCCCUAUUCCCCCCAAUCUACUCCAUCCUAGGGGCCUCUAGGAGGGGAGGUUGAAGACCAGGCCUGAUUUUAUUAGUAUUUGUUUUGUAAUAAAAAUCUUUUUAGUGGUGAAA